GAUCCAUUAGCAACCAUUAGUAAUGGCUCAGAUUACACAAAUGUUUACAUUGAAAAACUUCUCAUAAAGAGUUACGCAUUCAUUGCAUUGUUUUCCAUUAUUUCGCGGCGCAGAUUGCCUAUAGAAACAGCUUUACUUAAAGAAUUCUUUCAAGCUACGGGUGAUUCCAAAGAUGCUGAAAAACAUUAUCUGGUAGAUAUAGCGCAAAAAACAAUAUAUUCUACUUGGGUGCAACCGCUCCAAGGGCAAAGCUCACGCGAUGAAAUCGUGCCUUGGGCCAGCCCUUGCGUCUUGCGAUGACAAUUUUUUUGUCCUCGUGACUCAGCGCAUAGAAGACGUUCUGGACUUGGGAUUUAGCGGAUUUAAACUGUCAUUUAUAAACGGGAAGGAUUAAGUUUAAUCGGCUUUUGAUUACACAACACGGGCUUACAGCUGUUUGCUAAUAAAUUUCAUAUUUCAAUACGCAUCUUCAUAACUUUAAUUGAGAAGAUAUCCCGCAGCAGGGAAUUUUGAUAAAAAGAACCUGGUUUAAGAACUUUUCGGACGAUUCGUUUACAUAAACCUCAUUUGAUCAAACGUCCAUGACAACUAAAAUUGGUUGACAAUUACGCUUUAGGCAAAGUCAACAGAAAUCUGGACACCUUGACAACCGAGUUAGCGCCAGAAGUAAACAAAUCUUUGAGAAAAUAUCCCUUUUCGAAGUCAAUAAACUAGCUAUUACAUGACAGCAGUAAACUUUUAAGCCCGAUGACUUAUUAAAAAAGUUCCCCCGAAGUUUGCAGAAUAUCUUUCCUGCCAAAUUUCGCGCAAAAUUCGCAGAAUUUCGCGCGUUCAGCGAGAACGUGCCAACUGCCAAAGCAAUUGUAACAAAGCUUAUGAUAAUUGCAAAAAAGGUUAUCUCGCAAAAAUCCGACAAGAAGCCGUCUUAUUUAACUACGAGUUUACAGAAAGAUUUGGAACUCGCGUCCAGUCUUCCCAAUAUCAAGCCGAAGCUCCCCUGGCUCGGACGCAACGAAUACCUGCACAGACGCUACUAUGCUGCAGUGCCGGCCUAACUACAGCUAUGCCACACAAUUAACACGCGUUCCACUUCAGAAUACGUAUCGCAGAUUGUUACAAAUGCUGGACCAUUAAUUUCGAUUUCCAGAGAAUGACGCUUGCAUCAAAAUAGGACACACAGGAAACUCUAACUUCAAGAAAGGCGGAGGCAAUCGUUGAAGCGACCAUGGCUGAUGGCGGGGAGGUUUCAUUAUCCGCAAAUCAAAAAGAAACGAAAGAAAACGUGAACGUUAACGACGAAGAGGAUAUGAGAGCUUUCCGUGGCAAACAUUAUUUCCGGCUCGUCGCUUCCACGGCGGGAUUUGUUGUCCUCGCUUGGAUCUUUGGCCGGUUCGGUUGUGGCAUGGUGUGGCUGAUUCCGUUUCUAGUUUUCGUCUUCAGCUGGUGGAAUCGUACGUCUUCUGAAAUUCUGGAGACAACCUCGAGGUUGGCUGCCUUGCAAGCACAUCGGGAGAGGGCGUUUAAGAAUGCCGAGACCGCUGAAUGGCUGAAUUUUAUCCUGAAUAGAUGGUGUGUCUUCAGCGAUAGUUCUAUCCUGUCGUUGAUCAAGACAAGUUUGGAUCCAACGUUGGAGUAUUACAAACCCACGUUUAUAGAAUCUAUCGAAGUUGAAGAUUUUACCCUUGGAAAUCGUACGCCAUUUUUCAAAUACAUCGAAUGCUUUGAUUCCUUCGACGACAACAGAAAAAUCAAAGCAUCGGAACUAGCGAUGAGGUUCCCGCCAAGUGAUUUAGCUAGGACGCCCAAGUACAAAGCUGUUAUGGACGUCGAUAUCGGCCUCUCCUCACCUGAUUCCAAAUUUGUCAUACGAAUUAAACUUGCCAAAGCCGGGAUGCUGGAUCUAAGCACAGACAUAGCUGUUGAAGAUUUUCAUAUCCACGGAAAGAUGCAAUUCGUGUUCUCGUUCAACCGAAACAUUCCUUUCCCACAUCUUGCUGCGAUUUCUCUCUGUUUUCUUGAAGAACCCGAAGUUGAGUUCAAUAUUCGAAUGUUGAAAGCCGUUCAGCUCAUGGAGUUCCCGUUGCUGAAAAACUGGGUUGCGAAUCUUGUUAACGAUUGUUUAAAGUUGUCUCUGGUUGAUCCGGGAAGGUUAACAAUUCCUUUGUGUGAUGAUCCUGAGGUCCUAGGACAUGGAGCACAAUAUGCUUGUGGCAUUUUAACCCUGACCAUUGAAGGCGGUUAUGAUGGAAGACUUACAGACGAUGUUCAUUGGUGCGCUCUGACACUUGGAGAGCAAAAACGACAGAUGAAGGAAAUCAACCACGGCGACGAAUGGUCGGAUAAAAUCUCCAUUCUUGUCUACAGUUUAGUUUAUGAUAAGAUCAUUAUAAAGAUGAAAGCAAAAAGAAAGUUGGGAAAUAAAUACACUGUUUUGGAAUAUCAACUUCCUCUUGCAAGACUUGGCCUUGAUUUGGUUGGCAACCAUGAACAAGUAUUUGAGAAAAGUCGUCAGAGAGGGUCGAAACUAAAAGCCAUAUUUGAGUACAGUCCACUUCCUGUCUUAAAUAUCACCAACGAUACCACGGAAGAGGAAUUUCAAAAGAAUUAUCUGGACAAAAUGAGCGGUGAAGAGACGAAUGGACAAGUUGCUGGCGUGAUGUGUGUCUGUAUUCACAGCGCGCAGAAUUUGUUACCAAUGGACAAGAAUGGCUUGAGUGAUCCGUACUGCAUUGUAUAUGAGAAUAAGACAGAGAUCAAAGCCACGUCUUGUGUUGAGAACACGCUUGACCCAGUGUGGGAUAACGUAGUCGAAUUCUGCACAGCGGACUACACGAAAACUGUCGUCUCAUUGGUCCUUCACGAUAAAGACGUCACAGCACUGGAGACUUUGAGGAUAAAGGAUGAUCCCGAUGACUUUAUGGGAUCGUGUAACUUUUAUCUAACCAAGGAGGAACCGUAUUUCUUCAAAAGAAGAAUGGAUGUUUUGUUUCGCGUUAACGCCGGAACGAGUGGUCUGAAAAAGGCUGGAACAAUUUGUGUUUCCUCCAUGUUCAGACCAGUUGCUGCCGUAGCUCAAACAGAGAAAUUACGCCCAAUGGGAGGGUUGCCGGAUGGCGAGCCAUUAGACAAAAAAUUCCUGAAGAAGAAGACGGACCCGCAAGCGUUGGAGGCCAUUCAAAUUGCAGAAAAGGGUGGCAUUGAAAUUCAAAUCAUCCAAGGUCGCAAUCUUGUCGUUAUGGACGUAACAGGUAAAAGCGAUCCCUUUGUCACGAUAAAAUUCGGUUCUGGCAAAGGAAAGGAGAGAUUCAAAAGCCAAAUCAAAUAUAACACAUUGACCCCUGUCUGGAAUGAAACAUGCAGACUUCCCUUGCCAAACCAAGACGAUAAAAUGACCAUUGAUGUCUGGGACAAAGAUCCGUUGAGUCAAGAAAAAAUGGGUCAUGUGACAUUUACUCGAGCAGAGCUCAAAGCAUUUGAGAAAAAUCCGGGGGUAAAAGAAUGGUACAAGUUGAAGAAAGUGAAAACAGGAGAGAUCCAACUGGCCUUUACAUACGUCCCACCGCAGUCCCAACAAGGCGAUGCUGUAAGUGUUGACACCAGUAUCGAACGAUCUUCGACAGUGGACAGCGCCGUGAUCGAAAAGCCAGUAAAUAUGAACGACAAUAACAAUGGGGAACUGGGAAAUCAUUCCAACAAUCAAAUAUUUCACGAUGUUUCUGGAGAAGUGGGAGACGUGAAAGAUUUACCAGACAAUAAGGACCAGCCACAAGUCUACUUUAAAGCUCGGUUUGAUAGCCACAGAGGCGGAAAAAAGAGUCGCGCAAGUUUUUCUCAAAAUAAUGUACUUUUCAAAACUUCGUUUUUCCCGUAUGCGAAUAGACAUCAUUUGGGCGUACCUUUUCAGCAUAAAGGUACGAUUAAUUCCAACCAGUAUUUAAUACUGGAAGUGAAAGGAAAAGGAAAAACACACGAAACGGUAGAUUAUGUUGCUGUUUCCUUGGGCGAAUUGUUUGCAGGUAACAAGUACAGCAGUCGCUGGUUGCAUAUGGAUAAUGGCGCGAGCAUUCACGUGACAAUGACGUGCAAAGAAAUAACAACACUUCCUGGGAGCCCUGGGAGAACUGGUCGCUCAAGACUCAGCUUCAGAAGGAAAAAUGCCGAGACAUAACAAUCAAUGCUAAAAACUAACUUUUUAUCAAACAAUAAAUCUGUCAAGAUAAAAAAUACUUUUGUUAAAACAUAGAUACGCUUGUAUAAAAAUAAUUGUUAAAAUACUAAAUAAUCCACUAGAUAUUAAACCAGUAAAA